UCGAGGUUUCUUCUGAACAGACGAACAACAUAACCAAUAUCGCAGAGUUUAAUCUGUCUACUUCAUAGCUUCAAGGUCAUAUUAAAUGGCAGGGAGAAGCCGUUAUCCUCGUGAGGCAUAUGACAACCGGCGUGGGCAUCUCCCAGGAGGGCCUCCAUCUCUGGGCCAUAUGUCUCGACCUAUGCCACCCCAUCCUGCUAUGUUGGAGGAAGAACUUGAAAUGCAACAUCAUGAAAUCCGCCGCCUUCUGGGUGAAAAUAGGAGGUUAGCUGAAGAUCGAAUCGCUCUGCAGCAAGAGCUGGGUGCCGCCAGAGAGGAACUUAGGCGAAUGAAUAUUGCAAUUGCUGAUAUUCAAGCAGAACAAGAAAUACAUUCAAGGCAGCUUAUCGAAAAUGGUUUGAAACUGGAAGCUGAUCUUCGUGCCACUGAACCUCUGAAAAAUGAGGCUGCACAACUCCAUGCUGAAGUCGAGAGGCUAAAUUCUUUAAGGCACGAUCUAUCUGCGCAGGUUCAGAUUCUCAAGAGAGACCUUGCAAAGCUGCAAGCUGAUAACAAGCAACUUCCAGCUUUAAGAGCAGAGCAUGAGGGACUUCACCAGGAGCUUAUGCAUGCUAGAGCUGCUAUUGAUUAUGAGAGGAAAGGAGGUAUGGAGCUGAUGGAACAAAGACAGGCAAUGGAGAAGAACUUGGUUUCUAUGGCUCGUGAAGUCGAAAAGCUCCGUGCUGAACUUACAAAUACUGAUGUCAGACCAUGGGGUGCUGAUGAUCGUGGUUCUGGAUGCUGGAAAUACAUUUUCUAAUGGUUUGGAAGAGCAAGUUUGAUUUUAUAUUUGAUGCAGCGAAAUAGGUGGAAAAAGUUUGUCAAGCGGAUGCCUCCCUCCUGUUCUGCUGAUUUAUUGAUCUUUGGACCUCGUUCAUGAUCCAGAAACGAGUUGUAUGAAAAACGAUGCAAUCGAUCUUGGACUGUAUUUCUGAUCCAGAAACGAACUGUACGGAAAACAAUGCAAUCGAUCCUGGACCGUAUUCGUGAUCCAGAAAACAACCAUAAGAAUAACAAAUAUGAUGAAAUCAAUUUGGGACUCUUGCCCAGGAAAACGACGAUGGAAAAACGUUGCAAUCUGUCUGGGAUCGCAGAAUGUGUCCGAAGUUUAUAUGUGGAGUUUGAUAAGUUGGAAAUGUGUUCAAAAGCGGCCUUUCUGAUCAAGUUCAGAAUAUGACCAAUUUUAGUUAAGGUUCUGAGGGAUGUAAUGGAAAUCUCAUCUUUCCGGGUUCUAAUCUAGGUGCUGGUAAAGCCCUUAUGGCCAUGGAGAUUCACCUAUACGAGAAUUGAGGGCAUUUGUGGUUGGCUGGGGAUUAGUCGGUGUGCAUAAGCCAAUACCAGCCAGUUCAAACUACCCAAGGUUUGUUGCUAGUUAGCAUCGCCAACAACCAUGCUAUUUUAGAAAGCUUCAACAGUUGUGCUAUUCUCUCCUCUCGCAUCAUUUCUGCAUCAGAUAAUGAGCCCCAACUCGGCGGCUUCUAUUAGGAAGGUGGCGCAAAGGAUGCCAACUCAAAAGCGGGUCUCAAUCUUGGCUCAGGAACUCCCGGAUCCUUCUUUCCGCUUUAGGUAACGCGGUCGGCUUGAAAUGAGCCUCUACUUCUAUUACAGAACUUUCCUUAUGGGGAUGAUCUAUACUACUAACUAUAUAUAACUCACUCUAUUCCUUUGUAAUGAAGGAAUUACGUUGACCUUAACUUGACAGAUUCAUCCAAUUGAACCCAAACUCAAAGGAGGACCACAAGCUUGGGUCCCCGGGUAUGCGUUAGCGCCCUUGACAAGCACUCCAGAACCCACCAACGCUCGUGAAAACCCUUUUAAAAAAAUCAAAUACCUAAAAAAUAUUAAAUCAAAUAUAGUUUGACAAAAUACAUUAUUGAAAAUCUCUUGUCAAGACGAUCAAAA